AACCAAUAGUAAGUCUAUCUACCAUAGAGGCAGAGUUUAUUGCUGCAGCUUCGUGUGCAUGCCAGGCAGUAUGGUUGAAGAGGGUGUUGGGAAAGCUGGAUUAGAAUCAAGGCAAGUCAACUAUUAUUCGUUGUGAUAGUAGUUCUGCAAUCAAACUUUCAAAGAACCCAGUAAUGCAUGGUCGUAGUAAGCAUAUAGAUGUACGUUUCCAUUUUCUUCGAGAGCUCACAAAGGCUGGUACAGUGGAGCUGGUGCAUUGUGGGACACAAGAACAGUUGGCUGAUGUGAUGACUAAACCACUCAAGCUGGAUGUUUUCUUAAACCUACGAAGGCUAUUAGGAGUUUGUUCUGAGAUGGAUAUAAACUACAUGCUUGUAACAUUCAGUUUAAGGGAGGAAUUGUUGAGAUUUGUUAUUCUAGAUGUUAGGUUGCUUUAGUGGUUUUGUUACCGCUGUCAAUAAUUCCCUAUCGUUCGGGGAAGUUAUUUGAUUGAUUUAGUCAUUUUUAGGAUCUGGUUAAACGUGGGCUGUUAUUUUUCUUGUUUUUCGAGCUUUGCUUUGUAAGGCUAUAAGUCUACUCUUCCAUAAAACAGAGAGAUUUCUCCCAAAAUUUCCUUAUUAUUUUCAUAAGCUUUUCUGAUUCUUAACACCAUGGCCCAGUACCUUGAACUCAUCGCUCCGAUCACCAGCACCACCACUAUGGUGGUCUUCUCCAUCUUCGAACCAACUCUCUCAACCUCAAAAUCUCUCUCUAAUCCUUGCUGAGAGGAUCUGAACUUUCUCUCUAUAUCGCCGGCACCACCGUGGCCCGCACGCGCGUGAUCUCCAACUCCCAAAGCCCCGUGUGGAACGCUUCAAGAUCCCCCUUGCACACUCGGCCUUCGAAGUCGAAUUCUACGUCAAAGACAACGACGUGUUCAGCGCCGAUUUAAUCGGCGUCGCCACCGUCUCCGCUCGCCGGAUCCUCUCCGGCGAAACCAUCAGUGAAUGGCUGCCGAUACUCAACUCACUCGGCAAGCCUCCGAAACUGGACGCAUCGCUCCUACUCCAAAUGAGGUUCACGAAAUGCGAGGACAAUCCGAUAUACCGGUGCGGCAUCAAGACCGAUCCGACCAUUUCGGAGUCCGAAACUCCUACUUCCUGGUUCGGAAAGGCGGGUCGAUCAAAGAAAUUCAAAACCAAAAUAUUCACGGCGUUUCGGCUUUGGCAGCGUUUCGUUCCACGCCACGUAUGAUUUCAGCCUUGAUCAUUCAUAUGUCAAAUUCGGUUUCUCCAUUUCCUCAUUUAAUACAACUCUUCCAUAUUCUCAGACUCUCUCAAAACCUGUAUAAUUCAUUUCAUAAAGUUGACAAAUAAAUGCACCAAUUGUUUUCGGGACUUAAAAUGAUGGGGUCAUUUCUUUCAAGAUCACUUUUGCUUGUUUUUGGCUAUGCUUAUCCGGCUUAUGAGUGUUUUAAAACUGUCGAGAAGAAUAAGCCUGAGAUUGAGCAACUUCUCUUUUGGUGCCAAUACUGUUGCUAUGCUUACGGUCUUUGAGAGAGUUGUGGAUACUUUCAUUUCGUGGCUACCACUGUACAGUGAAGCAAAGUUGGCAAUCUUUAUAUAUCUUUGGCAUCCUAAAACAAAGGGAACAUCAUAUGUUUAUAAUUCUUUCUUCCAGCCUUAUGUGGCUAAACAUGAAGGGGAAAUUGAUCACACCUUAUUGGAGUUGAGAGUUAAUGCUUGGGAUAUUGCAAUUCUGUAUUGGCAAAAGGCUGAGAAUUUUGGCCAAACAAGGUUUUUUGAGAUUCUGCAGUAUGUUUCAUCUCAGUCAGCAGCACGGCCUAAACCUGAUAAGGUAUCCAUUGACAAGGAAAAGUAAUAUCUGCUCUAGGGAUCAGAAGUCAUUUGUUUAGUGCAUUCUACACUGCAUUAUUCUGAUGGUAAUUGUUAAAAUUGGGAUAAGAAUGUUGAUUACUCGAUCUUUUGCCUUAAGCUCAUUAUGCAGAAACUGUGUAUACUUGAUCCUUAUACAUCAAUUUUUUUUUUUUUUUGGCCCUUUUAUAUGGUUUAAUACUGAACCUAAGUAGUUGGAGUUAAGGCAUUGUUGUCUUAGGCAAACUUUAUUUGUUAAGACAAGGUAAUGAGAUUGUAUUUAACUAAAUUUAGAGAAAUAACUGAUAGAAUAUUUGUUUCAUUGCACAUCAGUCCAUAGCCCAUUUUGAUAUUUUAUUUA